CUCUCUCUCUCUCAAUUUCUCUUCUGUAGUCCGUUAAUGGCGAUCUGAGACACGCACGAGUCCAAUUGUUUCCUCUUGAGAGAGACAAGGAGACGCAAGACGGCGAAAAGCUUUUAGCUGAAAUAUAGGGUUUUCGUUUUCUCUCCUUCGCUUGAUUUUUUUUGGCUCUCCCUUUCUCUCGGAUUUAUAUUCUUCUCGUCGCCAUUGCCGCCGAAGAGGCGAAAGAACACGCGGGAAAGGGGACGUGAACAUAGGGGGAGGGAGACAGAGAGAGAGAGAAAGUUAGAGAGCAACAAUGUCGACAUUGGAUUCUAUCGACGCGUUUCUCUUCUCUCUCAGCAGAGCCUUCUGUAGCCCUUUUGCUAUUUUCAUUCAGAUCCAGGGAUGUCUUAUCUGCUUGGUUCUUGCUCUCGGAUGGUUCUUGGCCGCCUAUGUUAGGAACAGAGAGAUUAAGAGAAUGAAAAUAAGAAUGAAAACGGGUAAUAGCUUUGCAUUCCUUUGUGAAGAUAUCAAUGAACUUGAACACUCUAAUCAGGUCAAUCUUCCUAGAGUGUCGGUCAUCAUGCCUUUAAAGGGUUUUGGAGAACACAAUUUGCAUAACUGGAGAAGUCAGAUUACUUCUCUCUAUGGUGGCCCGUUGGAAUUUCUUUUUGUUGUUGAGAGUAUUGAAGACCCUGCAUAUCAUGCUGUUUCCCGCUUACUCUCUGAGUUUCAGGACUAUGUUGAUGCAAAGAUUGUGGUUGCUGGUUUGGCAACAACUUGCAGUCAGAAAAUUCAUAAUCAAUUGGUUGGAGUUGAGAAAAUGCACAAAGAUACCAAAUAUGUGCUAUUUCUGGAUGACGAUGUUAGACUACACCCUGGAACAAUCGGAGCCCUCACAGUGGAGAUGGAGAAAAAUCCAGAGAUAUUUAUCCAAACUGGAUACCCUCUUGACCUGCCUUCCGGAACACUGGGGAGUUAUUGCAUCUACGAGUACCACAUGCCUUGCUCAAUGGGUUUUGCAACCGGUGGACAAACAUUCUUUCUGUGGGGAGGAUGCAUGAUGAUGCAUGCUGAUGAUUUCAGAGAAGAUCGAUAUGGUGUUGUCUCUGGGUUAUGUGAUGGUGGAUAUUCUGAUGAUAUGACACUUGCAGCCAUUGCAGGGGCUCACAAGAGGCUCAUUACAUCACCUCCAGUUGCUGUUUUCCCUCAUCCUCUUGCCAGUGAUCUAAGUUUCGGGAGGUACUGGAACUACUUGAGGAAACAAACCUUUGUGCUAGAAUCGUAUAUAUCAAAAGUUAACUGGGCGAUGAACAAGGCUUUAUUUGCAACCCACUGCUAUCUUUCAUGGGGCUUCAUUACACCAUAUUUUAUGGCUUUGAUCCAUGUCACAUCAGCCUUAAGAAUAUAUAUCAAGGGAUAUCAACUCGAGGACAUAUCCUUUGCCUCCAGAGGUAUGUUGCUCGUUAUAUCUCUAGCAAUAUGCACCUUUGCGGAACUUUUGUCAAUGUGGAAUUUGACGAGGAGAGAAGUUCUGCUAUGCAAUAUGUUGUCCCCUGAGGCUCCUCGACUCUCUCUUGCAACUUAUAACUGGGGACUUGUUUUCAUUGCAAUGCUGGUGGACAACUUCCUCUACCCGAUCUCUGCUCUCCGUUCUCAUUUCUCUCAAUCCAUAAACUGGUCUGGAAUCCGAUACCACUUGAAGAACGGAAAGAUAUACAAGAUUGAGAGAAGAAAGGACAUGGUUCCCAUAAAGACAGACUUAGGAGGAAAACAUUUGUAUGGUAAGAAGGGAGUUCCUCAGAAAGCGGCGUUCCUAAGCUCACUGGGGAGAAAUUUGGUUCAUUGGCGUCAACCCAAGAAGUUUGACAUUUAGUUUCAACACUCUAGGAGGAGAGAGCAGCUAAAAAAGGCUCAUUUUCUGGUGGACUUUUUUUUUUUCCUUGUGAUUCUUUUCCCAUGGAAGGUUUGAUCUUUUUGUUUGAUGGGCAUGCAUGGUUUUGGAUGCAUCAUCAUCACCAUCAUCAUCUUGCAGGAGAAAUCUCUUUGGGAAGCAUUUGUAUUGAUUGAUUUUUUUCUUCUUUUUUAUUGGUGGGUUUUGUUUUUGUUAAAUGGUGUUUUUUUUUAAACUUAGUCGUUCAUAUAUUCAUGUUCAAUCCAUUGGAUAUUGUAUUGUUUCUCUUGAGGCUCAGUUUGAUAUAUGGCUCUAGGGCUUGGAUUCUGUAAUUUCCCUUCACAUUUUUUUGUUAUCUCAUCGUCUUGUUAGUUUGUCAAUGUAAGAUAAAGGAAGAGUGCAUUAUUGAAUCUAUUGGGA